AAGGGAUAUUAGUAGUCGAUGAUGGUAGACAUUUUCUGUGGAAUACUCAGUGGUGCUCACCAUGUCCGAAAAUGGAAGGAAUCUCAGCAAAGACAAGCAAACUUGGGCCAGUGCUUUGUUGCAGUAGACCCGGAAGCGUUUGCGCCUGGGUUUGCAGACAGACUAAGUGAUCUCAUGCUACAUUGUAGGAAUCUUGAACCAGCAGAUGGUCAAUCAGAAGUGUUGGUAGCCGGUGAUCCGGAGAGGAUACACAUGGAAAAAUGUGACAAUCAAGGUGGAAUCUGGUACCAUCCAAACCAAAUUAAAAAUGCCAAUGAUAUAGCUGCGUCAUUACAAAUUGAGCCAAUGAAAACACUGUAGAAGGCUGAACGCAAAUUCAAGAUCACAGUCAAAUGGACACACUGUCAAAUCAUUUUUACUAUGUGCUACUGUUGUGUAUUAUUACAAUUACUGAAUAUUUAUAUGUGUUGUA